AUGGCUGCAAGUGCUUCUUCCCUUGCUAUAGAGGUCAACUCCACAACCACUCUAGAGGACAUCAUCAAAGCCACCAUAUUUGAUGACCUGCCUUCUUCUCCACUUACCAUCCAGACCUCCUCUGAAACCAGCACAGCAGAAACCAGAUUUGAUGAGUGCCUGAAUUCUCUCACCACUGAACACCCAACACCAGAGAAACCCUAUGACAUCCACUCCGAUCUUCAGCUUGCUCUUCAAUGUCUCCAACCUCCAACACCCAAGAAAGUCUCCAUCAAUAGCAUCAUCUCUGCCAACGAAAUCUUCAGUGCUUUUCAGUUCAUCUUCCGCUCAGAGGCCACUUCAUCCACGCCAUCUGUGCUCAUCAAGUCUGUCCAACCAGAGAUGUCCGCAGCCCAUCAUGAACAUCAGCUUUGGCAGAGAUUCAAUGAACUUCAUCAUCACCAUCCUCAGCAGAUCAACGAGUUAUCAUCUUACUACAAGUACCAGAGUGCCCAAGUGGAGACUGACCGCUACUGUGCUCUUCACCAGAACUCCAACAAGCCACAUCAUAUUCGUGAGAGCAUCAACCAACACUACAACAUCAUCCAUCAUCGUAUCAUGGACCGUGUGGAGAACAGCCUACAGAUACUAGAGGACAGUCUUCCCAAGCCAUCAUCAUCCACUAGUGCUACAACCACCAACACAGAGCAUAAGACCAUCAACCUCAGAUCAAGGCCAUCACUAUCCCAGAAGUCUGUUCAGCUGAUGGAGGAGUGGUACUACAGUCACCUUGACCAUCCCUACCCAUCAUCUGACAUCAUCGAGGAGUUGGCCAGAAGAGGAGGGAUCAAGGAGGAGCAGGUCAAGAAGUGGUUCUCCAACAAGAGGAACAGGAGCAGGAGGUCAUCAGGGAUCAACAAGAGGAAGGUGUCCAGUGUUAACAAGAGUGUGCCAUGCUUCUGGUGAUUGUGUUGUAGAAGU